GGAGGACACGGGGACAGGGGGACACUGGGACAUCAGGACAUGGGGACACGGGAGGCCGGGAGGGUUCAGGGGACCCUGGUGUGUCCGGUGCCCGUGAGGUGCCAGGGUCCGUGGGGUGUCCGGGACCCCCGCGGUCAGUGGAGUGUCCGGGGUCUGUGGGGGGUCCCCGGGAUGUGUGGGAUCCAUGAAGGGUCAGGAGUCCGUGGGGUGUCAGGGAUCCCUGAGAUGUGCGGGGUUUGUGGGUCCCUGGGGUCCUUGGGGUGACCCCGUGUCGCGGUGUCCGCGGUGCCGUGGGCGUCCCCGCAGGACGGGGUUCCCCGGGUGACACGGGACACGCGAUGCUGUCCCCUCGGUGGCUCCCGGGGGGACCCGGCUGUCCGGGCUCGUGGGUGGGGGCAGAGACUGGGACCAGAGCCCGGGGCGGGCGGGGACACGGGGCAGGACCGGGACUGGGACUGGGAUUGGGACUGGGACUGGAACUGGGAUCAGCGCGGGGCAACGGGACGGGACUGGCUCCAAUACCGGGACACGGGACGGGACUGGGAGCAGAACCAGCUGCGGUAUCGGAACUGGGACCGUCACUGGGAUGAUGGGACCGGGAUUGGGACCCGCCACCAGGGCAAGGGGACGGGACCACGUCCUGGAUCAGUGUGGGAUAGCGGGCUGAGAGCUGGGACGAGCACGGGGGAACGAAACAGAAACCGGGACCCGCUCAGAGUUCCUGGGACGGAAACGGAGCUCAGCACGGGAAUAACGGGAAGGACUGGGAUCACUUCGGGAACCCCCCAUGGCAGAAAGCGAUGACCCUGCCCGCCGGGACCCCGCCCCCGCUGGCCCCCGCACCCAGCCCUGCCGGCCCGUGCCGAGGGUCCACGCCUUUGGAAAGGGGGAGCAGGCACUGCGGAGGGACCCCCGCACGCCCCCCGCCAUGCAGGGCUGGCUGCACAAGCAGGACAGCUCGGGGCUGCGGCUCUGGAAGCGCCGCUGGUUUGUACUGGUGGAUCUCUGCCUCUACUACUACCGGGACAGCAGCGAGCAGCAAGUGCGGGGCGGCCUCCCCCUGCCGGGCUACGAGAUCCGCGUCCUGCCCCCCGCCCCCCGCGCCCCCCGAGCCCCCCAGUUCCUCUUCACGGCUGAACAUCCCGGGAUGCGCACGUACUGCCUGGGGGCUGAGACCGCCGAGGAGCUGCACGCCUGGGUCUGCGCCCUGCGCCGGGGGGCAUCGCCCCUGCCCGGCUCCACCCGCUCCCUUUCCCAGCAGACACUCCGGGAACCCCGGGGUGCGGAUCGUCCCUCGCCCCCAUUGCCCGCGCACUCCCCAGGUGAAGGGCUCGGGGGCCCACCCGUGCCCCCUCCUUGCUGCCCCCCAGUUCCCCCACUGCCCCACACCGAGGUGCCCCCAGCCCACGAGGAGCUCCCGGCGCGGGGAUGUCCCCCCAGGGCCGGGAACACGCCGGAGGGGCCGCGGGGACCCCCCGAGCCCGCGCCCGCAGGGAGGAGCCCGAAGAAGCCCCGCCCCCCUGGAGCUGCGCCGCAGCCCCCGCCGGAGCGAGCCAGCGGGACCGAUCAGCCACCGGCCCCUCCAGCCGCCUCUUCUGAUUGGCUUUCGAGCGCCGCCGGGCCCGCGGGCACCGCCCCCGCGCCGCCGUCCAAUGAGGCGUCGCGGUGGCGGUGGGCGGGGGCGGGUGGGCGUGGCCGGGCGCUCGAAGGUGUGGGCGGGCGGCCAAUCAGAAUCACGCUGCUGCAGGCCAGCUUCUGA